UUGAAACUGAACAAAAAUGGAUGGUUCAAGCGAAUUUUAUCUGGAAAUUCAGAAUACUCCACCUGAAAUUAUUGAUUAUACUCAUAAAAUAACCAAAAGUUCAAUACGUCAGAAGACAGAAAUCUAAGGAUAUUAUUAUAUGAAGAAUAUAAUACUCAUUUUUUUUGGCACGAUAGAAGCAAAGAAGACAUGUUUCUGGUAUAUUUUCCUGAUUUAUCAAUGAAAUGGAAGGAUAGGAAUUAAAAAUUCAAUGCGACAUCAGAUGAGCAUAGCAAAUACUUUGAUCUCUUCAAUAAUCAAUAAAUAAUGCUUUAAUGGAUUGUAAUGGCUUUAACGCUGUAUUGAACUAGUUCUCAACCACAUUUUCCAGUCAUGUUGCUGACCUAAAUGUGAAGUUACGAUGAUAUGGCUCCAAGAUGGAUGGUUCAUUUUCACGUCAAUUCUGCUCCUCGUAACCCAAAACGCCCACGCAGAUAACGAUAUAGUGGACCUCUUAGAAAAAGCUGACCUAUCACCUUCGCCACCUGGCGUUACAAGAACCUCGGGAAGAUGCUACAACGAAACUGUUACAGCAGCUCCUCUGAACAGAUCUUACCGCUUCGAUGGCAAUUCUGAAGUUAUCCUAGGCGCCAAUGAUACUUUUCCAGGUGGAUUCCCUCAAAAUUUUUCGAUUUUGAUAUCUGCAAAAUUGGAUGAAGGCCAAACCACCUCCGUUUUCACCCUUUACUCCGAUGAGGGUGAAGAAGUCCUCUCAGUCAUCUUGGGUAGAGAAAUAACCCUUUUCUACGAUGACGAUACGGGUCCAGACGAUGGGAACAUGAUUAGCUUCGAUGGAAAUACCGAUGAUGGAGAAUGGCAUCGUCUAGCCUUCAGUGUGAAAGGAGACUCUGUAACAAUGAUACACAACUGUGAGAUAUCUUCAACAAGACCAAUCGUAAGAUCAACAUCCUCAACGUUGGCUACAUCUGGGAUUAUCACGAUUGCUCAUGAACUUGCUGAAGAUAAUCAUUUCAAGGGCGAGAUCGAACUCCUGAAGAUAGCUCCAGUGCCUGACGAAGCCUACGAUAUAUGUAAGACACACGCACCUGAUUGCUCCUCGGGGAUCUACAGCAAUUUCGCCAUUCCCUCUCAGGCUUCUUCCUCCUCGGAAGACUCCUCGAACUUCGGAUACAACUUGUCUGCCAACGGAGGGGCGGGGAACGAGACGCAAGGGGAAGGCGAUGAGUUUGAAGUCACCCCAUCCAUUGACAUUUUUCCAACUCAUUCAGCACCUUCCGUAGUUUAUAUACCAGAAAUUUCAGCACCUACACCUUUUUAUUAUGACUAUGAAGAAGGAGAAGUAGACACAACUAUCAGAACCAGCACUCUAUCCAUCUACCCUACGAAUAGCCCAGAGACGACUACCAUUGAAAACGUAGAGACAACAACUGUAACUAAUGAAGGCAAUUCGACUGAACCUAAGACCACAACGGAUUAUUAUCAUGGCUACUACGAUCACUAUUACCCCAAUUACUACGGUGCUAUCGGACCUAAAGGAGACCCUGGACGAGACGGUAUGCCUGGUACGCCUGGGGUACAAGGUCCUCCAGGACAUAUAUUCAUGAUUCCUAUAAACGCUCAAGGCAACGAAAAGGGUCCAGACUCGCAGGCAGAAACUUUCAGGCACAUGCUUGCACAGCAUAUGAUGUCCAUGCGAGGAUCUGAAGGACCAGUUGGUCUAACUGGAGUUCCAGGUUUACAAGGACCACCUGGACCAGAAGGUGUCAAAGGAGAACCUGGGGAAGUUGGAGAAAUGGGACCUCGUGGUAUUCAAGGCCCUCUAGGCCCACCAGGAAGAGAAGGUCGCAGAGGUCGUCCUGGUAGAGACGGAGAAAGGGGUCUUGCCGGUCCUCCAGGCGACAAAGGAGAACAAGGUUCGCCUGGACUACCAGGUCUUCCGGGUGAAAAAGGUGACAGGGGAGAAACCGGAGCCGUAGGUCAACCUGGACUUCCUGGACACGACGGCCAACAGGGCGAGGAAGGACCUCCAGGUCUACCCGGACUUUCGGGAGAAAUGGGACCUAGAGGAUUUUCAGGACCUAGGGGUAUUCCCGGUUUGCCUGGCCCUCCAGGUAUUCCGGGUAACGAAGGACCUCCAGGACUGAAGGGUAACGCAGGUGCUCCGGGUCAAUCAGGAUCCCCUGGACAAUCUGGACCUCCUGGACCCGUAGGCUCUCCAGGACCUCAAGGUUCCUUAGGACCCCCUGGAGUAAUUGGACCACCAGGAAAACCGGGUUUUCCUGGUAUACCCGGAAUAGAUGGCCCACCAGGUCCUACAGGUAAACCAGGAUCCCCAGGAAGCAAAGGCGAUACAGGACCCCAAGGCUUUCCAGGACAAAUUGGUUUUCCAGGAGCGAGAGGUUUCAAGGGUGAUGUAGGUUUGCGAGGAUCUCCCGGAGAGAAGGGUGAGAAGGGAGAUAGAGGUUUCGAAGGUGAAAAGGGGGAACCUGGGCCUAAAGGAAAUUUGGGAGCAUCUGGACCUCCAGGUAUUCCUGGAUUGGAAGGUGUGGAAGGACCAAAGGGAAGUGAUGGACCACGUGGUGAAGCUGGAACUAUGGGUCUUCCUGGAGAGAAAGGAAACAUGGGACUCCCUGGAUUUCCUGGUUACUCUGGAGCUACCGGAGAGAAGGGAGACAAAGGUUCAACGGGAAGAGCAGGACCUGCUGGUGAGAAGGGAGAUAGGGGACUAACCGGUGCAGCAGGAGAAAGGGGAGAAACAGGACCAAGAGGCUUCAGAGGUCAAAGGGGCAGAAGAGGUUUGUACGGCCAGCCAGGAUCUAAGGGAGACACCGGCCAACCUGGAUCUGUAGGUCCUCCUGGCGAAAGAGGAGUGCAAGGCCCAGAAGGUCCUAGAGGUUUCAGUGGAGCACCGGGUCCUGUAGGUCCAAACGGAAAAAACGGACAGUCUGGACCACCUGGUGAACGUGGUGCACCGGGUGAACCGGGCAGCACCGGUCCUGCGGGGGCACCAGGAGUCAUUGGACCACCUGGACCUACAGGGGAAGUUGGAGCAAUAGGAGAACCAGGACCUCCAGGUCCACCAGGUCCACCUGGUGAAGCUGGAACGCCGGGGGAAUCAGGCAAAGAAGGUCCUCCAGGUUUGCCUGGACCCGAGGGAAAACCAGGAGUGACAGGUCCCACUGGACUCCCUGGAUUUCCUGGGGAAAGAGGUCAAAGCGGAAUUCCGGGUACCCCUGGAAUGAAAGGUGACAUGGGACCUCCAGGACUUCCAGGCAGCAUAGGAGACAAAGGACAACAAGGCGAAUCGGGAAAGGACGGAUCACCAGGUCCUGAAGGCAGGCAAGGUCCACCCGGUCCUCCAGGUGCUGGAGGAGCGAAAGGAGAAAGAGGAGAGGCAGGUCCACCUGGUCCGACCGGUAGAGAUGGUUUUCCAGGUGCCAGAGGGCUUCCUGGACCACAAGGUCCUAUAGGAACUCCUGGAGAAGAUGGUGAUAAGGGAGAUUUGGGACCGCCUGGGGAGAAGGGAUUCAAGGGGUCCGCAGGAGAAGCCGGACCAGCAGGAAGUCCUGGUCCACAAGGACCCCGUGGAGAACCCGGUGCUCCAGGGCUUAACGGCGAAAAAGGACCACCGGGAGAAAUCGGCAGACAAGGAACUAAAGGCGAGGCCGGACCUCAGGGUCCCACCGGACCGGCAGGUCCUGCAGGUUUGCAAGGUUUACCGGGACCUCCAGGUGUGAAAGGUGAGCACGGAGACGUUGGUAUGAAGGGUCCUUUGGGACCACCAGGCCCUCCUGGUGAACCGGGCUUAAGGGGAGAAAAAGGAGUGGAAGGAUUGGUGGGACCUACUGGUCCCGAGGGUCCUCAGGGAAUGAAGGGAGAUUCUGGAGCGCCUGGUAUUCAGGGAACUCCUGGACUGCCUGGAAAAGAUGGAGAAAGAGGUGCUCAAGGACAGAAAGGCGAGGACGGUAAGACCGGACCUCAAGGACCCCCAGGAGGCAGAGGACUUCCCGGACCCGAAGGUCCAAAAGGCAAUGCGGGACCCCCAGGUUUUCCAGGACCACCUGGUGAACCAGGCCUGUUGGGACCCAAGGGCGAACCUGGAGCUAACGGCGAAGAUGGAAGAGCUGGAGAAGCUGGACCUGCUGGUGAGAGAGGACCACCAGGUGAGAUGGGGCCAGUAGGAGCACCAGGUAAACCGGGAAUGGAAGGACCCGCAGGAUCACAAGGAAACCCAGGACCCGCUGGAGAAAAGGGAGAUAAAGGAAUGAUCGGAGCACCCGGUUUACAAGGUAUCGUCGGGCCACAAGGAAUGCCAGGAUCCCAAGGGCUUCCAGGACUACGAGGGUCUCCAGGAUCAGCUGGAGAUAUCGGACCUCCGGGAAAUCCAGGAGCUUCAGGACCUGUUGGUAAGGUAGGAGCUGCAGGAGAGAGAGGACCUAAAGGUGACACUGGUAAACAAGGUCCCAAAGGACAUCAAGGUAACAUUGGUAUUCCGGGAGUUAAGGGAGACAUGGGAGAGAAGGGAGAAAGAGGAACUAAGGGAGAACCUGGUCCAGUUGGAUCUAAAGGUGACACGGGACCUGUUGGUCCAAUCGGUCUGAAAGGAAACGACGGUCCCCCAGGUCUACCUGGAAUGGAGGGUCCACCAGGUCCCAAAGGUUCAGACGGCCAAACCGGAAUGAAAGGAGAAAUGGGACCUUCCGGACCACCAGGACCUCCUGGACCUCCUGCAGAGAUGCCGUUGUUACCGCCGGAGAUGCUGUUCAGAAACGAGUUGGUCAGGAGAAGAAGAGAUCUUGACAGUUUGAUUAACGAAUACCAAGAAACCGUGGACUCGACCAAGAAGGAGAAUCCAGACGAAGAGGAAGAAGCACCUACCAACGAUCUGAGCAGGAAGUUCUUAGAUAUGUACAACAACAUCUACAGCAUGCGCAGUGACUUGGAAAGGUACAGGAAGCCUCUAGGGACCAAAGACAACCCCGCCAAGUCCUGCAAAGACCUUCACUUCGCCCAUCCUCAAUUCAAAGAUGGUUGGUAUUGGUUAGACCCCAAUGGUGGCAUGAUAGACGAUGCCAUCAACGUCUUCUGCAAUAUGACAGCUGACGGAGAGACCUGCGUGUAUCCAGACAGCCACAGCAGGAAUAUGCCGAACAUCCCUUGGAGCAGGGAGGGCAGUAAGAACGAUUGGUAUUCGAAUUUGAGGGGGGGAUUCAGGAUCACAUAUGAAACAACUGGCAGCGUCCAGUUAACAUUCCUCCGCUUGAGCUCUGAGAUCGGCUACCAAAAUUUCACCUACAGCUGUAUCAACAGCGUGGCUUGGUACAACGCGAACAGUAAAAAACACGACUUGGCUGUGAAAUUCAGAGGCUUCAAUGAGCAGGAAUUUUCUCACAACAAACUAAAACCGGAUGUUCUGAUGGAUGGCUGUCAGAGUAGAAAAGAGAAGAGCGAGAGCGUUUUCGAAGUUCGAACCACCAGAUUGUACCAGUUACCUCUCAUAGAUUUUUAUCCAGUGGAUUACGGUGGACAUAACCAAGCUUUUGGAUUCACUGUUGGGCCAGUUUGUUUCAAAUAGAACCCACAAGAGAUUUUGGUUAACGGUCCUUUAUUUGAAAUUGAAAUUUAUUUUUUCCAAGUGUGAUUCCUCCUGCAGUUAGACCCUAACCUCUUUUAUCUGAAAUGAGGUUAGGUUAGGUUUUCUUUCUUACUCUUUUCCUUUACAUUUAAAUCAUUCCUCAGCAAUUGAAGUUGAUGGAACUUAUUUUCGUUUUGAUUUGCAACAAGAAUUGACACAUAUCUAUAGGAACCAGUCUUUUUUAACAGAGCAAAGUGAAAAAAUUACAAAAAAAUCACUGACCUCAUUAUAUUGUCAAAUAUAAUUAUAUUGUUGUAUUAUUCAUAUUGGAUAUUGUUUUGUACGAAUGAUAUAUAUAUAUUUUAUCUUUUUUAUUUAUUGUCGGCACCUUUUUUACUAUUUAUAAAUGUUUGUAGUAUUAGAUAAUAAUGUGUUUUUAGUAUAUUUGAAAUGUAAUAUUCUCUAUUUCUUUGUGUAUAUUGUAAAUAAAUUAUGGUUUUCGUAUGUGUAUGUAAAAUAAGAGCGCAAUAAAAAA